AUGAGUAAUAUAAUAUUAGAAGAGUUAGAAAUCGAGGAUUUAAGCCAGAAAUUAAUGUUGAAGUUAAACCCCAAAAUUUUAAAAGAAGGCUUUGAAGAAGAUACGACUAAUGCAAUGAUAAUUGAUGACUAUGGCUAUAUUAAUAGUGGUUUCACAAAUUUAAGUAACAAAAAGAAUUCUGAUUAUAAAGAAAGAAAUGAUUAUUUGGAUAGUUUUGAAUUUGUUGAUCAAAGUCUAAAUCAAAAAUUGGAUAAAGACAAAUUAAAAUCUAAUUUAAAAAUCAACAAUAAAGAUAUUAAUAAUUACAAUAAUCAUCAUAAUAAUCAUAGUUAUAAUAAUAUAUUUUAUCAAAAUCAAUUAAAUAGAUCUCAUUCUCUUCCACCACCAAAUAACUACUGUAAAGGUUUGAAUUUAUUUAAAAAAAAAGAAAUCAAAAUUUCUAAUGAAGAUUUUAAACCAGAAAAAUAUAAUUGUAAUUCAUUCAAUAAAUUAUCACGUGAUUUAAAUCAAAACUCAUAUAUUAAUUCUUUCAAAAGAAUGAAUAUUGAAAUUACACAAGAGUUUAUUCGAUUAAUUUUCAAUAUAAUAAUUGUUCUUAUCACACUGUAUAUAAUAUUUGGAAUAAUAUUUGUAAUAAAAAAUGAUAUUGAGUCAAAAAUUCAGAUUUCAAUUACAAAUAUAUUGGAUGAAAUGAAUAUCUGUUCAAAACAUUAUGUUGAUAAUAAAUGUCAACCAGAACAAAGAGUACCAGCUAUGGAAUCAAAAUGUACUGAAUGGGAAAGAUGUAUGUCUCAAAAUCCAACAAUUAUUGCCAGAAAAUCGAUUUUUACAGCUCAAAUUAUUGGUGAAAUAAUUAAUACAUUUUUUGACCAAAUUUCUUUUAAAUCUGCAUCGUUCAUUUUUGGCUUCAUUAUUGCUUUAAUUAUUGGUAAUUAUUUUGUUAUAUCCUCUGCACUUAGAUUUAAUAGAAAUCUUACUCAUCAUAGAAACUCUUUAGAAUCUACAUCGAUUAUUAAAAAGAAUAAUUAG